GUUCCCUACAACCCUUAGACUAUGGAAAGGUGGUUCUCAAUCAUAUUGAGAAGAUUGCUUUAUUUUCAAAGCAAGAGUUGAAACUUAAUGAGCUGAAGAUAACAAUUUGGAUUGAGCCUGUUCUGAAGUGGCUGAACUCCAUCAUCAUAAGCAUCAUCAUCACUACCAACACCAUCACCCACCAUCAUCACCACCAUCAUCAAAAGGCCUUUGUGAAGUGCCCUAAUAUGUGUAUUACUGAACUCACUACUUAGAAUCUCAUAAACAUAGUAGUCUCUGCCAUCUGGGACUUAUUUAUAUACCAAGAUACACAUAUUCAUGCAGACAAAUGGGUCCCAAGGGUGACUGGAUAACAGAAUAAAGACACAAGUCUAGGAUAGAAAGUCAAAGUGUUUGGGCUAUGUGCAGAAAAAGGGUAUUUCAUGAACGGGGCAUAAUUUGUGGCUAUCGGCAUCCUCAGAGUUCAGCCAUCGCCUGUGUCCUCAGCCUUUUCCAGAUGACCAAUGAAACCCUCAACAUCUGGACACACUUGCUCCCCUCCUGGUACUUCAUGUGGAGGUUUAUGGCCACCCUAUACAUGGUUGAUUUCUGGAAUGACAGCUAUUCCUGGCCUCUUCUUAUCUACCUGAGUACUAGCUUCAUUUACCCUUUUGCCUCCAGCUGUGCCCACACCUUCAGCUCCAUGUCCAAGAAUGCCAGACACAUAUGUUACUUCCUGGAUUAUGGUGCAGUCAAUCUCUUCAGCUUAGGUUCUGCCAUAGCCUACUCUGCAUACACAUUCCCCGACAUGUUGGUUCGUACCACCUUCCAUCAUUACUUUGUAUCACUGGCUGUGCUGAAUACCAUUUUGAGCAUCGGACUUUCCUGCUACUCCAGGUUCCUUGAACUCCAGAAACCUAAGCUCUGUAAGACAUUACGCAUCCUGGCCUUUGCCUAUCCCUACGCUUGGGACACCGUCCCCAUCAUUUACAGGUUGUUCUUGUCUUCAGAAGAAAGUUCUGGGGAGGCAGCAAACCCCUAUCACCAGAAGCACACAGUUAUUGCCAUCCUUGCUUGCUUUCUUUAUGCUGCACAUUUACCUGAGAGGCUCGCACCUGGGCGCUUUGACUAUAUUGGUCACAGCCACCAGCUUUUUCACGUGUGUGUCAUUUUGGCAACACAUUUACAGAUGGAAGCCAUAUUUCUGGACAUGACGUUGAGAAAAGAAUGGCUUUUAGCCACUUCAAUACCUCCCUCUUUCUCUCAGACAGCUGGGGCAGUAUGUUUAUGCAUAAUCUUCAGCAUUAUUAACAUAAUUUAUUUCUCAAUUUCUCUAUAUCAGACUCCAGAACCAGAAUCACAAAAAAAGGAAACAUGAUCCAGCCUAUGUGCUUUUUAAAUAUGUAGAAUAAUGUGAUUAAGUUUUUAACUAUGUUACCACGGAAAAGUGGCACAGUACUUCUCAUAAAAAUGCUAUGCUAUUCAUAUUGGAUUUGUGAAUUAGCUUUUGUGAGUAACCUGGUGUGUGAAAGGUAUUUAAGUGGAGUAAAUGUCCCAAUUUGCACUGAUUUUGUAUGUAAUUGUUAAAGGUGGAGAGAGUUAGAACAUGCCUCUGUAACACCAGAUAAAUAAUAUUUUGUGAAGUUUAAAUUUGUUUGGAUCACUUUUCAACUUCUAUUUAUUAUAUAGUGAGGGCUAACCAUAUCACUAAUUUGCCUUUACACUAUAGUCCUUGAAGAAUUACUUUAUUCUAUAGUGAGAUUCAUAUUGAGUAUCUUCUGUCAACAGUUCCUUUAACUUCCAUGUGUCCAGUCCUUCCAAAAGUAGAGAGAUGAAAGUAAAAGACAGUUAAGAUGAUCCAGAAGAAGAGAAAGGCAGGCCCAUGAAGAAAAGAGAACCAAGUACAAUAGAAGCUGAAGUGGGAAUAAAACCUGGAGAACAGUGGAAGACUCCAUUUCCAUUCCCUUCUUCAUUAGUUAACUUCCUUUCUUCUCUCUGCUCAGGAAAUAAGAUUUUUCUCUUUCCCUAUAGUUGCAUUUGGUAUUCAAAGUGGUGGGUCCUAUCUAAUUAACUAUGGCUCUGGUAACCAGAUCUUUUUUUGGAAGUAUUUUCCUCUACUAAUGUCUUACUAUUAUAGGCCUUACUAUUGUAGGCUAUGACAUGCUUCCCCAGUGCCAGCUGUGAUUAUUGGGUUUUUUCCAUUGAAUCAAAUAAUCUUAAGUGUGUGUGUGUGUGUGUGUGUGUGUGUGUGUAUGUGUGUUGGGAAGUACCUUAGAAAGAUCAUCUAUUCUAAACCUCUCAUUUUAUAGAACAGGAAACAGGUCUAAAUAAAACUUGACAUUAUAAAACUGUUAGAGUAAACUGAACCCUAAAUCACAAAUAAUUAUUGUUCCUGAAUAUUAAUUUCUCUAACUGGUUAGAAAAUAGUCUUCGUCUUCUUUUCUGGUCUCUCUUCUUCUUUUUCCUUUCCCUACCCUUUUUAAAACCCAUAUCUUCAGAGAGAAAUAGGUCAAAAUUCUCCAUGAGAAUAAAGAUAGAUAUUUAAGCAUGGAAGGUAAAAGCUUGAAUUUAGAGGCAAACACUAGAAGGGCUCACUGUAGGGUUUCAUCUUCCUAGUAGCCCAGCAUGUGUAAAAAGUUUUUAGGUUGAGUCACAGUAUCAAGAUUUAAAUAUGCACUGAAGUGCUCCAUGGAGAUAUUAAUAUUAUUGCCAUUUCAUAUUUAUACAGUGUUUUUAACUUUUCAAAGUGCCUUUGAAUUUACUAGCAUCCCAGAUAUUGGUUGGUUGUUCUCCCCAUCUGAUAGUUCAGAAAACUGAGGCUCAAGGAAUUGUGGGAAGAGUCAUGUCACUAGUCUGCAAUAAAUUCUGAAUUAUGACCCAGAAUUGCCUAAACUAAGUGUCAGCCUAAAAGAAUGGGACGAAAGUAAUGCCUGUUAUUCUCUUAAAAGUACUGUCACCUAGGGAAGAAGGGCAAUCAACUAAGGAAGGGUAAAGAGUUUUGAUGUGAAAACUGGGAAGGGAAAAAGAUUAUUUUCAAUACAAAGAGGAUUCUUCUCUUUCCUAUGCUUAAUAUUGUCUCAAUUCACUUCAGGAAUUAGUGUUAGUGUGCCAAGAGUGCUAAAAGCCAAAGAAGGAGAAUGUAAGAUAUGCCACAGAAUGUAAGAGAAUCUGCCCAUAGGGAACAUCUUCAGUUUUCAUCAAUUAAGUAUUCAAAACCUCAGUUUAUAAGAGUUUUCCCAUCUUGGUUCAGAUAGUUUCCACUUAUUAAUAGCAUUAAAACUACUUGUAUUUGGGGGCAGUUAAGUGACUCAAUGAAUUGAGAGCCAGGUCUGGAGACAGGAGGUCCUGGGUGCAGACACUUCUUCCCAUCUGUAUGACUCCAUGCAAAUCACUUAACCUCCAUUGCCAAUCCUUACUGCUCUUCUGACUUGGAGUCAAUAUAUGAUAUUGAUUCCAAGACAGAAGGUAAGAAUUUAUUAAAAACAAAACAAAAACUUGUAUUCACUAUUUGUUCUAAUGCUUUCAUAGGACAAGAUCAAGUGUUUGCAAAAAGUAUAGAAAUGGUGACAUAAUUAAUUUACAAUGGGCCCCUCCCAUAAACUCUCUUUUCUCUAUUCACAUAAUUUUUUCUUAUUCGUGAAUACCCUAAAUACUGCAUUUAAAGUGAAAGGAUCCUAGAGUAAUCUUGUACCCGAUUCAAGUAAUAAUUUGUUAUAGAUGUAUAGUGAAAAAUAUAACUCAUUAUAUUAUUAGUUUACUUACUUUGGAUAGGGCAAAAUGGGAAAAUAAGAUUAUGUGGUUGCCUUUGGUAUUUAAUUUUAAGCUGCACUGAGGGAUGUGCUAUUGGGAGUAUUUGUACAUUAGACAUAUUAGACCUUUGUUAGCUCAUUCAUUUUCAAUGUAAUUUUAAGUCUGUAGUAAAAAUGAUCAAUGAUCCAAAUUUUAAAUGCUUUUUUCUAUUUAUACAAAAAACAUCACAAUGAUGACUACAAUGCUAUUUUAUUAUGUAUGGUUGCACAGUAUAAUUUGCUUGAGAAUUAUAUCAGAAAUGAUUAAUGAGAAUUAUAUUUUUGUGAUGUAGAUGUAUGGAAUUUAUCUUUCAAUUAGCAUGUGACCUUAUUAAAAAUUGACCAGAUAAACUAUCAAAUUUUUAGGUGUAGAUAUGUUAUAUCUUGGGUAGAGAUUCUAUAUCAUAUCUUAGGUAGAGAUAUGAUGCAUAAACUUUUUCAUAAGGUUAGUGGUUAAAGAUGUAAGAUAACUUAUAAGACAUGACUUUGAGACAUUUUUUUUCUAACAUGAACUAAGAAUUAUUUACAUAUGUAAGUAUACAUGGUUCACUGGGGAUAUAGAUUGGGCAUAGAGAGAACUUCCAGAUAAGGGGAAUCUCAAAAGGUCAGUACCUUCUCUGCAAUUUAUCAUUGGAGUUGCCUGGAGCUAGAGCUUUGAGAGGUUUGAGUGACUUGCUGGGGCUAUAAAUCUAAAAUAUGUCAGAAGUAGGACUAGAAUUUAGACCUUUCCCAAUUUUGGGGACCAGUUCUAUAUUUAUUCUACCACACUGCCUCUCUCUCUUUUUGGAGAGAGGUGGAAAUGAUAUGGACAUAAUGAUAUAUAGUUUUAUCUAGAUUCUGAUAGAAAGUUGAAGGGAUGGCAAGUAGUUUGCUGAUAUACCCAAUAGGAGGAAUAUAUCUUAUAAUACUAAAAUUUUCUAACAUUGUAAUUAAGGUAAAAUGUGCUUGUUUGGAAGAAAUAAUUUAUGUUCAAAUCAAACUGAUCAUUUUGAUUUGAACCUGAGAAGAGGCUAUAACUCCUUCAAGUAGCUAUAUAACAUCUCUUCUCUGAAUAAAUGAAUUGAUGGUUACUGAUAUAUUAUGAUAUUUGGAAAAUUUAUGGAUUAUGUGACUACAAAAAUGAUACUACAGAUUAGAUCUUAAACAUGAAUAAGUUGAAUGUUCUUGCCAAAGAGACAUUAUAGGUGAAAAGAUAAGUCAAUUGAGCCCCCUUUCAAAUUCAGAGAUAUUUGACAAAUUGUGCUUACUGCAUGGAUUUCUUAUUUUUUUAAACGUGUAAAAUAAAAUUUAUUUAUGAUAACAAA